AUGUGAGAGUGAUAUAAGUGCAAUGCUAUAUAUAUCUAUGCAAUGUACUACUCCGUUUCUAACUCCCUCAAAUCUCUCUGCAUUUGCUAGGGUUUGUGCGAGAGACCUGGGUUUGAGAUUAAAAUUAAGAAGAAAAAAAAAAAUGAAUAACAACCUUGGGUUCUUCAAGGUCUACUUGCCACCACCCAAAGGCCCAGAAAGAUUGCCCAUUCCCUCGGCUUUUGUUAAACAUGUGAAAGGAGCAAUACCAGACAAAGCUUUCCUGAGGAAUUGUCACGGAAAACUUUGGCCAGUGGUGGUAACCAAAGUUGGAAAUCAGUUGUGUUUUAAGGAUGGUUGGGUGAAAUUUGUUGAAGAUAACUCUGUGGAAGUUGGAAAUUUUUUAGUUUUUGAUUUUGAUGGUAAUUAUGUUUUUGAUUUCAAACUAUUUGGAAGAACUGAAUGCGAAAUAAAAAUGAUUGGAUCUUCGGGCUUCAAAGUAAAGGAGGAGAAAGAGGAGGAGGAGGAGGAGGAGGAGAAGGUGAAGGAGGAAGAGGAAGAGGAAGAGGAAGAGGAGGAGGAUGAACUUGAAGCAAAUACUUUGAGAAAGAAAACAGAAAAGGGAAAAAGUGAAAAAUCUACCAAGGGCUUGAAAAAGAUUAAACAAGGCACUAACUGUUUAAUUAAUUUAGAUGGCAAUAAAGGAAGAGUUACUAUCAAAGAUAAAGGUGGAAACAAAAGAGCUUAUAGAACGGAGGUUGAGGAUGAGGAGGGGGACGAACUUGAAGCAAAAACUUUGAGAAAGAAAACAGAAAAGGGAAAAAGUGAAAAAUCUACUAAGGGCUUGAAAAAAAUUAAUCAAGGCACUAACUAUGGCAAUAAAGGAAAAGCUACUAUCAAAGAUAAAGGUGGAAACAAAAGAGCUUGUAGAAUGGAGGUUGAGGAUGAGGAGGAGGAGACAGAUGAUGAUGAUGAGGAGGAGGACGAACUUGAAGCAACUACUUUGAGAAAGAAAGCAGAAAAGGGAAAAAGUGAAAAAUCUACUAAGGGUUUGAAAAAGAUUAAUCAAGGUACUUGCUGCUUACUUAAUUUAGAUGGCAAUAAACGAAAAGCUACUAUCAAAGAUAAAGGUGGAAACAAAAGAGCUUAUACAAUGGAGGUUGAGGAAGAGGAGGAGGAGACAGAUGAUGAUGAGGAGGAGGAGGAGGACGAACUUGAAGCAAAAGCUUUGAGAAAGAAAACAGAAAACGGAAUAGGGGAAAAAUCUACUAAGGGCUUGAAAAAGAUUAAUCAAGGCACUAGCUAUGGCAAUAAAGGAAAAGCUACUAUCAAAGAUAAAGGUGGAAACAAAAGAGCUUAUACAAUGGAGGUUGAGGAGGAGGAGGAGGAGGAGACAGAUGAUGAUGAUGAUGAGGAGGACGAACUUGAAGCAAAAAUUUUGAGAAAGAAAACAGAAAAGGAAAAAAGUGAAAAAUCUGCUAAGGGCUUGGAAAAGAUUAGCCAAGGCACUAGCUAUGGCAAUAAAGGGAAAGAUACUAUCAAAGGUGAAGGUGGAAACAAAAGAGCUGAUACAAUUGCGGUUGAGGAUGAUGAGGAUGUUUUUAAAUAUGGAAUGGUUUCCUGGCCUAAAAAUCCUUGUUUUGUGGCAAAACUUCGAUCAACGAGACGGACUGAAUUGUAUGUUCCUAUGGAUGUGAUCAGAGAUCAUAAUCUUAAGCUUCCUUCAAAUCUGAUCCUCCUUGAUGAAGAAGGGAGGAAGUGGUCAACAAGGGUUGUACAGUGGAAUGAUGGCCGGACAUGGCUUACCGUAGGGUGGAAAGCUUUCUGCAAGUGGAACAAUCUGAAGUGGGAGGACAGGUGCAUCUGUGAAUUCAUUCGGGGAAAGGGCCGGCGGGGCAUUUUCAUAAAGACGUGCAUUCUCCGGGCAGGAUCAUGGUUGCCAAAAAAAGAUAGCAUACUGAGCUCAGAUCACCAAGAUCAGGUUGAUAAGAGACAUUUUCAAGGGAGUCCAAAAUAAGUCCAUCAUCGCUAGCAAAUACAUGAACGUCGUCGAUGACUCAAUACAGCAUUUUUUUUUUCAAUUUUUUUAUUUUUAUAAAGGACUUAAUUAUGUCUUCUUUAUGUUUGUGUUAUUAUGGAUUUUAAAUAUUGUUGUGGUGCGACUUGGGUGAGCAAUUGGAUUGGAUUCAUUACAUGUAGACUAUAAUAUUGUUGAAGUGUGACUUGGGGGAGCAAUUGGAUUGGAUUCAUUACAUA